AUGAUUUCCGUUAGCUAUAUCCUUCUGUGCGGACAGUUCCUGCUGCUUCUAACGGUGAUACUAUUACAAUGUUUAGAAGGAAUCCACUCUCAAAACUCGUCCACAGCGGAUCCUACUGUUGCUACUGCCUCUCCCAGCCAGGGAGCUACCAUCCUCCCCUUUAGCGAGACGCCCGAUAAUGUAAAAUAUGAAAUACCGAUUGAAAGUGUUAACAACACGGAGCUCUAUGAGUACAAGCCCCCUUCGCCAGUGGUCCUCUGCAGCUACCUACCCGAGGAGUUCAUCUUCUGCCAAGACCCCGUGGAUCAUGCCGGAAACCACAGCGCCUUCCAGGAGAUGGGCCACGGCUGCAUUACGUGGGGGGGUCAGACUCAGAGCGAAGUGAACACCACUCAGGUCAUCUGCACUGCGCUGGACGACAUAGAGUGCGCCGGACCCCGAGAAUUCCUCAGAGGGGAGGUACCCUGCAUCAAAUACACUGGACACUACUUCAUCACCACGCUGCUCUACUCCUUCUUCCUGGGGUGCUUCGGGGUGGACCGCUUCUGCCUGGGCCACACGGGCACGGCGGUGGGGAAGCUGCUGACCCUGGGGGGGCUGGGCAUCUGGUGGUUCGUGGACCUGAUCCUCCUCAUCACCGGCGGCCUGAUGCCCAGCGACUACAGCAAC